AUCGGAUGGCUCUAUCCGCACUUGCUUCUAUAUUUUGUAUCUGAAAAAUGUAUUGAUCCUUAAUAAUGCAAAUAUAUGCGUAUAUCAGGUUGUUACGGUAGACUCAACAUGAAAUUCGUUAACCUUUUCGUUUCCUGCUCUUUCAGACCGCAAGCGGGAACGUGGAAGCAAAAUGCAUGUGCUUCUACAGGCGGAGGGAUUUACCGAGUACCUUAAUUAUGCUAGCAGACAAACAUCAAUUGGCAAGCGCGGAGCAGCAAAGGUCAGAAUCCCCUGCGAGCACGCAGAAUCAGAAACUAGAGAAUCCCGACACUACUAAGGAAAUGACUAGUAAAGACGGGAUCGGGUCCAAAGUGAUGAUCAAAGGGGGCGGGAAAGGGGGCUGGCUGAAGGCCCCAUUAUCGGAGGCCCAAGAGCCCCAUGGGGUAGACGAAAGUGUUCCUGGAGCGGUAACGGAAUUAAGUUCUAAGCAACGUCACCAAAUGAAACAUAGGGAACUGUUUUUAUCGCGACAAGUGGAAAGUUUGCCUGCGACGCAUAUUAGAGGAAAAUGUUGCGUUACGUUACUGAAUGAAACGGAAUCUGUGCUGAGCUACCUGAACAAGGAGGAUACAUUUUUUUACUGCUUAGUAUUUGACCCUAAUCAACGUACUUUACUUGCUGACAAAGGUGAAAUUAGAGUAGGUAGUAGAUAUCAAGCAACGGAUAUACCAUCGGUGUUGACACCCGCAGAGAGGGAAAUGGACCCCCGCAACUUAGAAGACGUGGAGACUUUAGUUUGGACUCCAAGACACGGUUUGACUGAUCGCCAAGUCGAUCAAUUCCUUGUCGUUAGCAGAUCAGUAGGCACAUUCGCGAGAGCCUUAGAUUGCUCGUCCUCCGUCAAACAACCCUCCUUACACAUGUCUGCAGCUGCUGCAUCUAGAGAUAUUACUCUGUUCCAUGCGAUGAAUGUAUUGCAUACGCACGCUUAUGACAUAGCAGAUGCCAUGGGGGCUCUAGUACCUAGUACAGGCCCCGUAUUAUGUCGGGAUGAGAUGGAAGAAUGGAGCGCAUCCGAGGCGAAUCUGUUCGAAGAGGCACUCGAGAAGUACGGAAAGGAUUUUGCCGACAUACGAGCGGACUUUUUACCGUGGAAAAUGUUGAAACACGUAAUAGAGUAUUAUUAUAUGUGGAAAACGACAGAUCGGUAUGUCCAACAAAAAAGAGUAAAGGCCGUAGAAGCUGAGAGUAAGUUGAAACAAGUUUACAUACCGAAUUAUACCAAAUCCUCUGGGCCAAUCACCGCUCCUUCUACCGCCACAAUUGUACCACUGGGCAAUAAUAACAGCAACAGUAACGGAAAGCCGACCAGUGUUUUGAACGGUAAUAGUAAUGGUAGCAUGGCAGGCGAUAAUUCCGGAAUACUUAUGGUUGGAGUCGGUGGAAAGCCAUGUGAGGGCUGUCAGGUUAUUCAGAGCUCACAAUGGCACGCCUGGGGUCCGCCACAUAUGCAGUAUCGGCUCUGUCAGUCCUGUUGGACAUAUUGGAAGAAGUACGGAGGACUCAAGGCGCCGUCGCGCGUAGACGACGUCGAUCUCGAGAGGAAACGCGCCGGCGCCGGAUCGGACGAGGAGAGCAAAGGGAUCGGUGGUGCGCACAGGCCGCAUCGAUGCAGCAUUCCAACCUGCGGCAAGGAGUUCAAGUUGAAGGCUCAUCUGAGCCGUCACUACGCGAGUGCGCAUGGAGUGGAUCUGCGCGGCGCCGCCGGAAGUGGCGGCGGCGGUGGCGGAUCGCCACGGCCGGUCAUGAAGACUCGGUCCGCGUUUUACUUGCGCACCUCCUUGAUGGCGCGCGUCGCGCGACGUCUGUGCGCCGCACAAUUACGUACACGCCACGCCGCGCGGGCGCCCCAUCAGCCGGUGAAUGCCGCACCGUUGCGGCACAUAGGCCACCAGCUGACGUCCAAAACACCCGCGGAAUUACGUAUCCUUGCACGCGCCGUACGGCUCCGGUCGCGUCCUCGAGUGACCGAUAUUGCUUCGCGCUUGGGCGAUCAUCCAGCACCUCGACAACCUGGUGACUGGGAUUGGUUAACCUUGACUGCUCCGGCACAACGCAAGCAACCCGAUCGAGUCUCGUUUCCACGUCCCCCAAAAGCACCAGACGGCAGUCUUUUAUACGAGAGGGUACCAAACAAACCGGAGGUAGACAGGCUUACGUUGACACCACCUCAACCGCAGCCUGUUAUGUCAACCCAACAGAAUAUUUUAAAACGCCCAAGAUCAUUCGAUGAAGUCAAUGGUUCAGAUGGUAUCGCGGUAGGGCUUCCUUCCGCGCCACCUGCAAAAAGAUCUCAUCACUCGCAACAGUUGCAUCCAAAGCACACACUGGAGCAUCCCGCACCCGCAGUUCUUCCUCUCGCGCCGCCUCUUAACGGUAGAGCAUCUCAUCCACAUCCGCUGCCUCAUGGCCCGCCGCUGUCUAGAAGUAACGCACGCAAACAGGUCAUGUCGUGGAUGGACGCGCCCGAUGAUGUUUAUUUCCGCGCCACCGAACAAAUCAAGAGAGCUAGAAGAACUCUAGCCUCGGUGGAAUUACGAAGAGCAGCGCGUAAACCAUGGCGCAGAAUGUCGCUUCCCCUGAAUCCGCUUCAUCUCCAAAGAGCGGGUCGCCAAGACGAUAUGGUCGUUAUCUUGGAUUGAAUCCGCAAUACAAUCGAACGAUAUUGUAUGUCAGUUUGCUAAUCGCAAAACAACAACGUUAUUAACGUAAACGAGUGAAGUUAUAUACAGUGAAGGUCACACAGUUUCGUGAAUUGCUAUGAGCAAUUCCGAUUGAGCAAGAAUCUAACUUAAGAACCAGAAGAUUCCUCAGAAAGUUUCUCGAUUUUUUUUUCUUUUUCAAAAACCGAGAAAGUUGUCGAAAAAAAGACUUCGCUUAACCCGAACAUGCAUGUUAAACAAUCAAGAACAUCGUUGGAUCGUAAUGACUUCACUACUUACGGAAUACUACUUCUUAUGGAAGAAUUAAUGUUCAGCGAACUAAGUCAUUCAACGUGAAUAAUGAUUUUUUAUUCGUA